AAUCGAACCAAAUAUCUACCCAAAAGAAAAUUACAUCUCCACUUUCUCUCUCUCUUACACACACAAUCUCAUCUCCUUCAAGCUUUUGCGCAAAACAAAAAAAAGAGAGAUGGGUAUGAUAAACCAAGGAGUAAGCUUGUUGGAUGAGCCACAAAACAUCAUAAACCCUAAUAAUACUAAUCAUCUAGGUUUCUUUUUCUCUUUACCUAAUUACACAGUAUCUUCGUCAUCUUCUCCUUCUUCUCUUGUGUCUCCAUUUCUAGGUCAUCACUCAUUCAACUCCUUCUUUCACAAUAACUCCCCUUCCUUUGUAACUCAUCCUCGAGAUCCCAUCAACCCCAUGGCAAAUCUCCCAGAAACCCUAAUCCCGAUCUCAUCUUUAUCCUCAUCAAAACAAAGGGAUGAUCAUGAUGAUAUUGUUAAUCUUGAUCAGCAUCGUCUUACCGGUGGUAUAUCAUCCCAAAGACCGUCUCUGAAUCCAUGGGCAUGGAGUAGUCAAGCAGGAUACAGAUACAGCAAGAAAAAUAACCUUGGAAGCGAGAUUGAUGUUGAUGAUAUUGAUGAUGAUGUUGAUGAUGAUCAUCAUCAACAUCAUGAUACUCUUCCUCUUCAUAAACAUAACACGUCACCAUUAGGAAUAGCGCCCACUCUGAAGAUGAAGAAGCUUAAGACAAGAAGAAAAGUGAGGGAGCCUCGGUUUUGCUUCAAGACACUAAGCGAUGUUGAUGUCUUAGAUGAUGGAUAUAGAUGGAGAAAAUAUGGCCAGAAAGUUGUCAAGAACACUCAACAUCCCAGGAGCUAUUACAGAUGCACACAAGACAAGUGUAGAGUGAAGAAGAGAGUGGAAAGAUUAGCAGAUGAUCCAAGAAUGGUAAUCACUACUUACGAAGGAAGACAUCUUCACUCUCCUUCUAAUCAUCUCGACGACGACUCUCUCUCCAGCUCUCACCACUCUCCUCUCUCCAACUUCUUCUGGUGAUGUUUGUACUAUUUUUAAUCUAAAAUUUAAUCCAUCUUGCCUCGAAUUAAUCAUCGCUUUAUUAAUUAAUACCUUCAUAAGAAAAGAAUCAAUAACUACAUAUAUGUCUCGUCAAGAAAUAGGUAUGAAUAUGAUGAUGUUUUUAUACGUGUAAUGUGUUUGUGUGAUGGUUUAGGUUUUUCUUUUGUAAGAUGAUUAAUGUUCCUUUUUCAGUCUGAGGAUUAUAUAUGUAAACUAAAAAUACAUAUAUACAAGGUAGCCUUACUGGGCCUUAGUUAGUGAUUGAUGGGUAUAUGAGCC